AAUACAGCAGCGAACACCGAGCUCGCGAAGUACAAACAUAUGAGAAAUAAACAGUAGCCGGUUAUAUCCGAGGAUAUCUGAGAGCCAUCUGUCGUGUGAACACUGAGCCCCACACAGGGCUCAUACAAAGGAGUGUAAACACACACGGCAGCUGCGGUCAGCACAGACAGUACGGAGGGAGCUGUCGGAGACUCCGAGGUCUGUCUGUUUGACUUCUCCUCCCCUCUCCGGCUCAUGUGGACUGAUUCAGAGCUGGGCCAUCACGAUGCCAAUGAAGUUUCUGGUCACUCAUUGGCUGACCAACUUAAUACCAGCAGCAUCAUGUCAGUGAACCCUCCAAGCAGCAAUGAUGCCUGUCUCAGCAUCGUCCACAGCCUCAUGUGCCACCGGCAGGGUGGAGAGAACGAGGGCUUCGCCAAACGUGCCAUCGAAAGCUUGGUGAAGAAACUGAAGGAGAAGAAGGAUGAGCUGGACUCACUCAUCACUGCCAUUACCACCAAUGGUGUCCAUCCCAGCAAGUGCGUCACCAUCCAGAGGACACUGGAUGGACGGCUGCAGGUGGCUGGGAGGAAAGGUUUCCCUCAUGUGAUUUAUGCAAGGCUGUGGCGCUGGCCUGACCUCCACAAGAAUGAACUCAAGCAUGUCAAGUUCUGCCAGUAUGCCUUUGACCUGAAGUAUGACAAUGUGUGUGUCAACCCCUACCAUUAUGAGAGGGUAGUGUCUCCAGGCAUCGUUGGUCUCAGCCUUCAAAACACAGCUGCACCAAUCGGCCUCAUCAAAGAGGAAUACAUCCAUGACUGUAUACAGAUAGACCUUCCACCUGGCAUGCCUCUGUCUGACCAUCAAACAGCCCUGAAGCUGCCUCCUCCAGACCACUAUGGUCAACCCCUGCCUCCCCAACAGCUUUCGUCUGAGCCCCUUGGACCCCCACCUGUCAGCAGAUACACUAACCUGCCUGUUUCACCUAAAGUGACCUGCUCUGGUUCCAUGCUGCCACUACAGGUCGGUCACAGUGAUGGCCGUCUCCAAACUGCAUCCCCACAGGCUCAAGUCAUGACCCCAACACCACGACCUCCGACUCCUACCCAACCCCUACCUCAGCAGCAGGCUGCCCAGCAACCCUCACAGCCCCCCCAUUCCCAACAACCCUCCCUACCUACUUCUCACUCACAUGGAAAGAACGGAUACAGCAGCAAUAAACACUCUCAGAGCCAGGCUGUCUUCCACACCGUUUGGACAGGCAGCAGCACAGCCUCCUACACUCCCAUAGGACCUCCGCAGAAUGGGCGUAAUCUCCAACAACCUCCCCUCCAUCACCCAAACCAUCACUGGUCUCAGCAUCACGCCUCAAACUCUUUCCCUCCUGUGGCCAAUCAUCCAGCAGGACCAGAGUUUUGGUGCUCUAUCUCCUACUUUGAAAUGGACGUUCAGGUGGGAGAGAUGUUUAAGGUGCCCUCCAGCUGCCCUGUUGUGACUGUGGAUGGUUAUGUUGACCCGUCGGGAGGCGAUCGCUUCUGCCUCGGCCAGCUGAGUAACGUUCACCGCACAGAUGCCAGUGAGAGAGCUAGGUUACACAUAGGUAAAGGCGUGCAGCUGGAGUGUCGUGGGGAGGGGGAUGUGUGGAUGCGCUGUAUGAGCGACCACGCUGUGUUUGUGCAGAGCUACUACCUCGACAGAGAGGCAGGCCGAGCACCUGGUGAUGCGGUGCACAAAAUCUAUCCUGGAGCCUAUAUCAAGGUGUUUGACCUGCGACAGUGCCACAGACAGAUGCAGCAGCAGGCAGCAACGGCUCAGGCUGCAGCUGCUGCACAGGCAGCUGCUGUGGCUGGAAACAUUCCUGGUCCAGGCAGUGUUGGAGGCAUUGCACCUGCAGUUAGUCUGUCUGCAGCAGCGGGGAUCGGUGUGGACGAUCUCCGGCGACUGUGUAUCCUGCGACUCAGCUUUGUGAAAGGCUGGGGGCCUGACUACCCUCGCCAGAGCAUCAAACACACCCCCUGCUGGGUGGAAGUCCACCUGCACCGUGCUCUGCAACUUCUGGAUGAGGUGUUGCACACUAUGCCAUUGGCAGACCCAGGGCCUGCUAACUAAAGACCAAGACAGCGUUCAAAUUCCAAUCAGGAUUCUCUAAAUGUGCGCACACAGACAAACUAUCGGAUUAUUUUCUUCAGGCCAAAUAUGCUAUAUGUCUUGAUACACACAAGUUAUUUAAUCAGAAACACACAGAAGACAAAAACGACCAACAACACAUUAUGCUUGUAACAAUCAAUGCACACAUCAUUCAUGCUGUCUCACAGACACACACACACAUGCACAAACACACUGAAACCAAAUGGUCUGUAGCUGCAACACAGACAUACAAGUGUGAUAUCUUUGGGAUUUUUCUAAUGCUUUACUCUACAAUCUAAAGUCAAGUGCAAAGUAGUUAAAUCUGUGAAGGUUAAGAUUUUGAGUUUGUCUUCUGACCAGUGUGUCUCUGGACUGAAGACAGUGCACUGUACAAAUGCAGGGAUGCGUUUCAGAAAUCCAGUUUACCAAUAUGCAUUUUGGAUUUCUACUAAUUGUAGGAGUGUUCUGCACAUGCACUCAUGGAAUAGAUAAACAUGUAGAACUUAUGUAUUCCAGGAGGCGUCAACACUCCAGGACAGAUAAAUGCAUACCUCUGCAAAAGAAAAAGUCUAAGUGAUCCAAACAGUGUUUAAAUUCUCUUCAUGUCUUACUAACAGCAGAAAUGAUCUAGAAGUAUGUCUUAGGAAGCCAGUGUUAAGUCAACUGUGUGCUUGUACUGCGUUCUUCACUAUGUCCAUCUCAACUCAAACUGUUAGCCCUCUUAUUAUGCUCAGCUCGGACUAUAUUAUUUUUGUACCAAAAGUCUAAAAAGCCAAAAAUAUUUAGCUUUACAGUAGUGUUGUUGUUUUCCAGUGCUACCCUGUAUGUAACCAAAUGCUUGGUGGAAAUCACCAAAGCCAGAAUACCUCAUUACUACAGUGCAAAGUCACAGUUUAGUUUUCCACUUUUGGUCAACAUUGACAGACUGAGCUCAGGUCUGCAGUCAGUCUGAGAGGGUAUGUGAUGUCAGACACUGACUGUAAUCUGUAAAAUAUGUUACUCUAAAGAUUGACAGCGGAGUGGACUUGUCAAAGAAGUUCCUGGGUACUUCUGGUACAGACUCGAGCCUGUGCAUGUGACACCAGUGCCUUUCUGUUCUCUGGUCUGAUCUGUUUGGAUAAUUUCCUGCAGACAUGUCACUAGCAGUUCAUCUUAAAAGGGAAUUCCACUAUUUUUCAACCUAGGCCCUUUGUUGAUAAAUGUGGGUUUGUAAAUGAAUGGUACUUAAAAAUAAAAUUGGAAAUUAGUCCAGUAGUGUGCCUCCAUUGGCAGCCACAACUUGAAAUUGGCUACAAUCUAAACUUGUGGUGCAAAUGCGUCCAUAAAUUUUCACAAAUAAAAUGCUCAAAUUGUUGAGUCUAGCAACAUAACACUGCAGCUUGACCCUUGGCAGAUAAGAUACGAUACAAUACAUUUAUUAAUCCCAAACACAGUCACACUACAUGCAAGUGAGGGGAAUUUGUCCACCGCCUCCCCCAGAAGUAAUGAGAUUAAAUGAAAAUUCCUGUUAAAUUUCAUGAGGUGUUGUACACUUCGAAGGGCACAUUGACUCUCCUGAGGUAGACACCAGACCUGACAGUUUAAUCAAUGUCAAAUAUCUCAUUUAAACUCAAAUCCAUACUGUACAACAGUGGCAACAUGGACUGUUGAUCUAGAUCCAGAGGUGAAGAAAUGAUUGGUGAGAUGACUCAUGUAGUUUGGAUCUGUCAGGAAACUGAGACAUUAAUCAUCCAAUGCCACUGCAUGGCAAGGAACAGCCAUUAACACAUGCAUAUUUGUGAUUUGUGCCUUUUGUUGACGUAGAUGCACCAACACUGGAUUGUAAGAAGAUUGAUGUUGCACAUUGUGAUUUGGUUUUCAGCUGUUCAGAAUCUAUGAUGAUAUUCUGUAGUCCCCUCAGGUAUCUGUAGCUCAUCAAACUGGUUUUACCUGAGUAGUUUUGUUAAUUGCCUUAGUCUUUAGUGAGUGUAGAGAUAUGAUAUGGCUCUAUCUUAAUCUUAGCAUGAACGCCACCACUAGAUGUCAUGGUUAUCUGCGCCCUCUGCCCAUAUUCAGGGAUAAUGGUUAAGCAGGCUUGCUCACAUAAGGAGCAAAUUUAUCAUUAUCGUCAUCUUCAUUGUCCUGGUCUCUCUAUAAUCAAUUCACCCGUUCUGUUUGUGCAUCACAUUUUAUUUUAAUGACCAACGUUAGCAACUUUAUCACACAACUGCAGAUUUAAAUUCUGUUUAUGAACAUGACCUGGUUUGAAAAUCCACCCUGAGUAAUCUGAUCAGUGGUCAGCCCUAAAUACAUGUCUGAAUGCACCCAAAUGCUUCCUCAAUGGGUCCUGAGAUCCAAUCAGUCAGACCACAUUCAGGGGCUUUUAUUGCUGUAUGAACACAAAUGUAUUCAAGGCCACAUAUGAAGGACCACCUACUCAGCGGAUGUCUUCUGACCCACUACAAUUUUACAAUUGAAUUGAUUGUAUUUUUAUGCUUCUCAGAGCUCAUACAUUGGUAUGUGUUUUGGGCCACCGCCACAGAUUGAACACUGAUUACCAUGAAAUGAGUUAUGUCUGUUUCUCAAAUAGGAAAAAUCUCAGUAGAUAUAUGCACUGCACCGAUUCGUUCAGCCCCUCCCAACUCUUUGUCAUCAUCAUCAGACAAAUCUGUAUACUCAGACAGGGUUAAAUCAUUAUUUAUAGGAUGCAUUUUAAUGCCAGGUGUGAACAGACAAACUUGAAGCUGUAGAUGUGUGAUUGGAUCCGGCCUAAACUGAAUUAGCAGUUUUAAGAGAAGGAGUUGCAAAUCCUAGCUUUUUGUAGGAGAGCUCCUCUGCUUUUCCCCUGUGAGCUGUAGGACUGAUCGUGCUUCUGUCUCAGUUCUAAGGGAAAUAGGAAAGGCUUAAUAAGACCCACACGUACACGUAUUCAUAGAUUAUUGGGCACUUCAUUCUACAUAUAGGUUGGAUUCAUUGCUUGCCUGUAAACGGAGGUCCCAUUUUUGCAUAUUCAGCUGAGCUGUUUUGCACUGACUGAGGACUAUAUUGCAUUAGCAUCAAAUAACAAAUAAUUAUGUAUUAACCGAACACUUUGUGAAGACUACACAAAAGGUUCUACUCUCUUGAGAUAUGUAUUGUCCUGUCUGUGGUUUGCUUCCUGCUCCCCACCAAGCAGGAUUGCAUGUGUUUCUGCAGGGGAGGGUUUCCCUUUAGGACUUUACACACCUAACACUGGUCUUUUAAUGCGAUUAAUUCUCGCCUCUCAUUUUUUCCUCUAAAAAAGUACCUUUUUCCCUUUAUUCUUUGCAUCAUGAUUAAUAAUAAAAUACAUGAACCAAACUGUUCAAGUAGCAUAGGCUACACAACUACUGACCUCAGACAGCAUUCUGAGGUCAGUGAGAUCCUGGUCCUCUGCCUCCUUAGAUAAGGCUCUAAUAUCCUCAGCAGGUCUUCAGACAUCCUAAAAUAUUAUCUUGUAUGGAGCAGUAAAGUGGUAAAUCUAAAUUUCCUUCAUGGAGUGAGGAGGAUGACAAGAUCUUCAUCAUUGGAUGACUGAAGUAUGAGGUUGUGCAAAUCUAUUUUAAACUUAUUUGAAAGAGUUUCACAUUUGCAUCACUGCAAGUAUGAAUAGUUGUGAUAAAAAGCACUUGUAGGGCACUUGUAGGGGAGAAUUUUUAUUUAUUCAUCACAUCCUUGGUGUCUGAAGACCUUUACAAAAACAAAAGCUGGUCUUGGCUCAAGUGCAUUUGGAGCACAUCUGGAAAUGUUCUAGAAGAUGUUUCAAUCAAUCAAUCAAGCAACUAUUCACAAAUCUCAAUUGGUCUCAUAGUGCUUAACCCUGAGAGUGAGGAAAAACUACCCCAAAAACCAAAGGAAUUUUUAAAUCUUCAGUCAAUGACUGACCUUUUUUCUUUCUUAACAAUUAUUGCUUUCAUCAGUCGUCGAUUGAGUUUGCAGAAAAAUAAAAUAUAGAAGUAAUCAAAAGGUCAGAAAAGCGCCAGUAGGUGAAGCAUUUAUGUGCAGGUUACUGUAGGUUAUUAAUGUUAUGUUGGCAUUCACUAAGUCAGGACUAAACUUUAAGGCUCAAGUUCUGAAAGUGACUUGUUUCUCCAGCCUUGUAUGUAAGCACAGUAAUGAUGAAUGUAAGAGGGACCACAGAUUUCUUGACCACAACCUUUAUAUCUGCUCUCAGCAGCUAUGCUCAGUCUACAGCACCCAUCCUCACCAGAGACUGUAGACGCCCUAACCAUUACACAGAGCUUGUCUAUUAAGUGUGAAUUGUAGUGGGUUUGUGCAUCAGUACAGGGGGCUGUUUCUCUCAGUGUUUAUGUCUUGCAUUUGAUUUGCUUGGGAGAAGAUGAAUGUUUAAAACAGAAUGCACAGAGAGAUGCAACAGCUUUAGAAAUCGGUUUAGGUUAAAUAUUCUAAUAUUUAAUUCAUGCAUUUUUUUAUCUCAGUAUAAAUGUUCUGGAAACAUUUCUGGAUUUCAUCCCAAACCAAAACCAAUGAUGAUGCAUUUAUCAUUCCAGACAGUUUUUGAAUGUGAGACGAUUGGAUCAACACACACCAUACCAUUUAAGUGACAUUACAUGGGUUUAUCUGGACACUUAAAAAGGACUGAAAAAUAGGUAGUAAAGAACUGAAUUUGGCUACAUUAGAAUAUUGUUAUUAUUAUUUUGGAGUUAUUUCGUUGUAAACACGUGCUGCUCUUGUAAUGUUGACUGGAUAUUAAAGAAAAUAUUCAAACGUCA